CGUUUUAUAAGGUUGUUUUUGAGAGACAGUGUGAGUUUGGAGGGCUGUGGCGCAGUGAGCGCGGAACUAAAGAGCGCGGGCUCGUGUUUCCGAGGGGAAACAUUCAGUGCAGCGCCAGCGGCCGCCGUGUGUUUAUAUUUGAACUUUCUGCACAGCUGCAGUGAUGUCCACCCUGUUCCCGUCUCUGUUCCCACGUGUGACCGAGUCUCUGUGGUUUAAUCUGGACCGUCCGUGUGUGGAUGAAGCCGAGCUGCACCAGCAGGAGCAACAGCACCAGACCUGGUUACAGAACAUCGCAGAGAAGGACAACAACCUGAUGCCCAUCGGUCGGCCCAUCUUUGAGACCUUCGACGAGGAAGAGGAGGAGGACGAUGAAGACGAGGAGGACAGCGAGGAAGACUCGGAAGAUGAUGAGGACAUGCAGGACAUGGACGACAUGAACAUCUACAAUGAGUUUCCUGAUGAUGGAGAAAUUAAUGAGGUCGACAUGGAAGGAGCCGAUCAAGACCAGGACCAGUGGAUGAUCUAGACCAGAUCCAUCAGUCAGACGCUCUCAAAUGAACAACUACGAUGGACUGGAAACGUCCACGUGCAGCUGCACUCUCAAACGACUCCAAACACAAACACACACACACACACACAGAUCACGAGGCAGCGUUCAUUGUUUUUGAAGAGAAACUGCUCUGUGUGUUUCUGAUAAAGCAGCACUUGUCGCAACAUGAACUUUUGUCUCUUUUCAGGCUCGUACAAGCUGUACGGUGACUCUUUAGUUACUGAGUUACUGGCCGUCACGUCGGAUUUACAGCCCAGACUCACUAAAUCACCACCGACGGCUGUUAUCCUGUGUGCUUAUCAAGCUGAGAAACAACUUUGAGCAACGUUGAGCUGUUUGUAUCAUAUUUCUUCUUUGUGGUUGUAAAUAAAUGUAUAGUCAGUUAUUCA